CUCUGGGGCAAAAAGUAUGCGUUACAUGUUCAAGUGCUGUCGCGACUUCGAUCAAGAUAUUUCCGCAUGGGACAUCAGUCGCGUCCUGGAUAUGGAGGGGCUCUUCAAGUACGCGUCGAGCUUCAAUUUAAGGAAUAGGAAGCGCUCUCACCUGUUCACUAUAAAUACGUGCCCCAUACGCGGGCCCAACAGGGGCCCGCCGGUGCCCGGGGCUGAGUAGUAGACAGAUAAGAAAACCAAAGAAGACGCCCCAGCUUGUCACGCGAAGCCAGCGCGUCGGGCGCAUUACAGCUAAGCAAGCAAGCUGCAUAAAAGUAGGCGAGCGGCCUAGCGAUAACUCGGGAAGCCAUAGCUGGCGACUUAGCGUAGCAGGCUGAGCCCUGCAAGCCAAAGCCACCCACCUUACUGCGACAUAGAGGUGGUCACUGCUAGCGUAGAGGCAGCAGGAGCAGCCUGCGCGUCAGCUAGUUUGGAAGCGAUAGCCCCGGUAGCUUAGAAGCCAUAGCCAAGGAGCAGGGGGGCUAAAGCUAGCGAGCUCACAAACCUAGCCGAGAAGCCAUAGCCAGGCAGAAGCCAGCGAGCUAGGGGCCUGUAGCUAAGCAGCCUAGGAUACCCAGUAGCCAGCUAGCUUCGGAGCUGCAGUCUGUUCGCUUCGAAGCAAGGCGCAGCCAGCUAGCUCAAUUGGAACCCACGCCACUGGACCCAGUCGGCUUAAGCCACCUUGGAAGUCAGGGCCGGCGCGUGGGUGGUAGCUUCGAUUUCGAAGCGAUAGCAAGCUACCACCUAGCCAGAACAUGGAUAGGUAGCCAGCCAGAUUAGAGCUGAUUCCCAAGCCAUAGUCAGCGAGCUCGGAAAGCAUAGCCAGAGAGCUUAGAAGCUGGAGCCGGCUAGCCCAGAAGCUCCAGCCGACGGACUAGCUUAAAAGCCAAAGCCAGCUAGCUUCGAGCUCGUAGAUUCCUAGGCUGGGAGCCAUAGCCGCUAGUCGAGAAGCCAUGGGCAUCGGCAGCGAGCUUAAAGCCCAUGGCUGUCUAGCUUGGAGGCCAUGGCCAGCUAGCUCAGAAGGCUUGGGCAGCUUGCGGGCUUUCUUUCUUAGAAGCUAAUGGAUUCCAUGUCCAGCCAGCUUUCUUAGAAGCUAUGUAUCUCAGCUUAGGAGCCAUGGCUAGCCAGCCCAGAGGCCUUGCUUGGGAGGCUAGCUGGCUCAUAGGCCAAGCGCUGGCCAGCUAGCAGCCGCGGGAGCUGUCUCUGGGCAGCUUGCUACCUUAUAACAGAGUAGUUUAUCGCACGCAUGGUGCAUGGAGUGCAUGGAGCGCAGAGCUUUAAGGGGCGCAAGAAGCUCCCCCUUUAGCUCCAUGCUACUCCAUGUGGUCCAUGCACUCCAUGCCGUGCGAGCUUUGAAGCCUUAUCAGUUGUCUGUUAUAAAUAUUACUUAGAAGUCAAUGGAUGCCAUGGCUUGCUAGCUUAGUAGAAGCCGUGGCUUGCUAGCGUAGAGGUAGAAGCCAUGGCCAGCUGCUAGCUUAGAAGCGAUGGCCAGCCAGCUCAGAAGUCAGAAGAUUUGGGCGGCUAGCUUAGAAGCCAUGGCCAGUUAGCUCAGAACAGAAGUAGUAGCUGCUUUCUUAAGGGGAGGGCUAUAGUAGCCAACUUCUAUCACAGGGCUCUCCUUACGGGUGGCAUACCUUGAAGGAACCUCCCUCAAGGGAUUUCUUGAAGAAGCCACUGCCACCCUCAAGGAAAUCGAGAGAAGUGCUGAACGAUAUAAGUAAAAGCAUUGAUAAAUAUUAGUAUAUAUUUGUACAGCUACUCCAUUACUUUUGAUUUCAUAUUAUGAUCACUACACGACUCUCACUCUGGCAUUGCCCAUGGUUCUUGUGUCAUGUUAUUUCUAAACAACAAGAUGCGAAGGGGUGGUAACAUAAUCUGUUGUGACUAGCGCACAUGAGUAGCUGCGUCUUCUAGUACAGAAGCCUACCAAUUUCUUACAUUACAGCAAGUUGCGCACACAGUUACUUCAAUAGGUGAGUAUUAGUUGUUGUUGUAGUUGUUGUAGUUUCAAACUAAGCCGUGGACAUGGUUUUUUAGUCUGCUUUAGUGAAGAGGAAUAGGAAUACAAAGCUAUUAAACGCUACUAGUUUGUUGAGCCUCCUACUUCAAUGACUAUGAGGAGGGAUAUGGCGUGUACUAAAUUAAUCUAAUAUGAGUCCUCCUGGCUCCUGCUCAUGAUCUUCUAAUCACUAGGGAUCUUGGCAACUGGAAUGUCAGCAUGGUGCGUAACAUGUCGUACACUUUUCAGCAUGCGUUGCGGUUUUGCGGUUGGGGGCUUAGAGACUGGAACGUUGGAGAAGUCGAGGAGAUGGAGCGUAUGUUUGCCAAUGCGAAGUCGUUUAACGAGGACAUCGGCACUUGGAACACUGAGAGCUUGGAGAACAUGAGUCGCAUGUUUUGCGGCGCGGAAGCGUUUAAUCAACCGAUUGGCGGCUGGAAUGUCAGCAAAGUCGUCCGCAUGGAUGGCCUCUUCUACAGCGCGACCGCGUUUAAUCAACCGAUUGGCGGCUGGAAUGUCAGCAAAGUCGUCCGCAUGGAUGGCCUCUUCUGCGGCGCGUAUGCCUUUAACCAACCGCUGA